AUUAUUUGCUGACAUCAGUUUGUAUAAGCGCAGCGGUACUCAGUUUAUAUGUAAUUAAAAUAUAUGUUAUUUUAAACAACUAUAAAAUCGUGAGAGGUCAGACGUUUUGAAGUGUUUUUUAAAAUGUGGGGCAGGAAAACCGUACAAUUUCUGGUGUCAAGGACAAUUCUGUUUUGUUUAAUUGCAAAAUUGGCGUCUUCAUGGGACCCAUGCAUUCAGAAUUUUAAUAGAGAUUUGUGCAUGAGGGAAGCUACAUGUGAAAAUUUAAUUAUUCUGGAGAAUUUAAAUAUAGAUGACCACCUUAUUCGGAAAUGUUAUAAUUCUUAUUUUUAUAGACAAUGGUCCGAAUUUCCAAUGAAGAUUAUUUAUGAAGACACUUCUAAUGAAUAUUCACAGAUGAAGCCUAAUGUUGAUAUUGAUGAUCAUUGUCAUUUGAUUAUAUCAUUAGAAUUAAGUCAUAACAAUUACACUAUUUUCCCUCUAUUGCAAGAUAUGCAAAAUUUAGAAAUGCUAAAUUUAUCGUUCAAUUCAAUAUACAGCGCAGUACUCAGUUCUGAAUACAGUUUUCCAAAAUUACAAGAGCUUGAUCUGUCACAUAACUUAAUUCAUGAGCUAAAAACGAAUGGUGAUGAAUACGCAUUUACAAAUCUACUAAAGUUAAAUAUUUCACAUAACAAUUUGGUAGACUUAGAUCCUGGUUUUUUUCAAACAUUCAAUUAUUUGCAAUAUAUAGAUUUGUCUUAUAAUGAAAUAUCAAAUUUAAAUAAAUUCGCUUUUGAAGGAGUGUCAAACCUUGUUUACUUAAAUAUAGGUCAUAACCGACUCAAAGAGUUCAGUGGAUCGCUUGUAAGACUUACAAAACUUGAGCACAUCCACGCUGACAAUAACAAAUUUGGUAGUUUGUUACAAAAUGAUUUUGGCCAUUUAAUUUCUUUAAAAACAAUAUAUUUUAAUGAUAAUCUGAUAACUCAAGUCGAACAUGAUUUAUUCAAUGACAUGCAAUAUUUAUAUACAGUCAAUUUAAAAAAUAACUUGAUAAAAAACUUAGACGAAAAUUUGUUUUCUAACACGCACUCCUUACAAAAUGUGGAUUUUUCCUUCAAUGAGAUACAAGCUAUACCUAAAUUCAUGUUUAAAGAUAAUAAUAUAUCAAUAUUUAAUAUACAGCGAAAUAAUAUAGGUGGAGCGCUAGUGAGAGGUACAUUUGAGGGCUUAUUUUUUGUAACAGAAUUAGAUUUAAGUUUCCAAAAUUUAGAUUUUAUUGAAGAUUAUGCGUUUGUUGGCUUAAGUCAUGUUGAAGAGCUUUUUUUAAACAACAAUAGAAUAAAAAAUGUGUCUUUAAAAUCCUUUAAUAAUAUGUAUACUUUGAAACGACUUGAUUUAUCUAAUAAUCUAAUCACCACUUUGGGUUUUCACAUGGAUGAUCUGAUAAAGCUAAAAUAUCUAUUAAUAAAUAAGAAUAUAAUAGGAUCAAUAAAAAAAGACGACUUUCAUGGAUUGCAUGUUUUACAGUUCCUAGAUGUUUCUCAUAACAAUAUUUCUCAAAUUGAAUCUUAUUCGUUUAAAGAUAUGGAUCAGUUAAAUAGUUUUGAUAUAUCUAAGAAUCUUUUAGCAAACACAUUGCAAGAUAAUGCAUUUUAUGGAUUAAAAUCCUUACCCGUCCUCGAAAUUUCAUAUAGCUCUCUAAAUAUUAUUCAGAAUAACUCUUUCAAUGGAAUGUUCAAUCUCCAUACGCUUAACAUAUCACACGGUGCCAUUACAGAGAUCACUUAUAAUGCUUUAAUAAAUACUGACAAUAUAAACGUGCUGGAUUUAUCCUUUAAUAUGCUCAAAUAUUUUGACCUGAAUACAACAGCAUUAGUUAAAUUAAGAGAUUUAUAUUUGCAUCACAAUUUGAUUUCUUCCAUUUCACAUAAUACCUUUGCCGGUAUGCCAUUAUUAACUAGAAUCAAUCUAUCAUUUAAUUACAUAAAACAAUUACAAGACAUUGUGUUUUUGCGUUGCAAAGAUAUCUCUUAUUUAGAUAUAUCCUAUAACAGAGAAAUUGUAUUUAAUAUUUCUUUAAUAGAAAACUUACAUUUUCUCGAAAAUAUUGUCUUGUCAGGUAUAACAAAAGAUUUAUUGAUUGAUAAUAUAGCCAAUUCACAUUUGAUUGAGUUACAUAUAUCAAAUUCAAGUAUCACUCACAUCACAUCGCUAGGAAUAAAUAAUUUUCAAUUUCUCAAAAUUUUAGAUCUAAGUCACAAUAAGAUAACGUUUAUAGAUGCUGGUGCGUUUAAUAAAUUGUAUUAUUUAUAUGCCUUAGAUCUAAGUUUCAAUAGAUUGAAAUCUUUACCUAUAGAUCUAUUUAAAGAAAAUAUAAAUUUAAAUGUCCUUAAUAUUUCACACAAUCAAUUAGCAACUCCCGGUUAUGGCGCAUUUCAUGGCUUAACGUCAUUAGAAACUCUUGAUUUAUCGCAUAAUGAAAUACAGGACUUGAAAACAGAACGAUUUUAUGAUAUUCCAAAUUUACGUAUUCUGAUUGUAGACUUUAAUAAUAUAAGUAAAAUUAGCUUUGAAGAGUUUUCGAAUCAACACUUAUCAAUUCUAAGUAUAGGCGGCAAUGCUCUGCCUUGUGAAAUGCUAGUUAAAUUUAAAAGAAGUAAGCUGACGUUUAAUAUAACCGCAAAAAUACGAGAAAAUAUUAAGGAGAACAUUCACGGCAUCACUUGUAGUGGCGAUGAACCCUUGGUUACUAUGAAAUCGAAUGUAAAUGAUUCCAUUCUAGUUGAUAUUCGAAAUGUUUUAGUUAAAUUAUCAAUGGACAAAUCCAAUGUAGAGAUUACAAAGUCUCUCGUAAAUCAUAAUUUUAAUUCAAUUAAUGACAGAUUAAAAGACCUCGUUGUUGAAAAUAAUAUUACAAAUACGCUACUAGAAAGGUUUUUACAGAGUGGUGAGAAGAUGAUGAUUUCAAAAACAACAAGCAAUCUUAAUUCUUACAAGGUUGACAAUAAUGGGUAUACAACAACUGAGAAUAUGAGUUAUUUGCAUGCUUCAAAUGGGAAAGUUGAUAAAACGAUAAAUGCAAUUAAUGAAAAGAUAUCAAUAAUGAAUACGACAAUGAACGAAUCUUUUGAACAUAUUACAUCAGAAAUAGCAAAGAACUCAAAUUCAGUACUUUUUACAGAUAUUUGUGUCGGUCUACUGUUGACAAUUGUGUUGUGUUUCACAGCGUAUAAAAUUUAUGAAACUUUUAUAUUGACACCUACACGUCGAUCUUAUAGUACGCAUGAAAUCAUUGUCCCCAUGGAUAACUCGCAUGUGUGAUGCGUAUUUUUUUUCGACUGUCUUCCUGUUGGAAGCAUCUAAGUGUAUUCUAAUAUAGGUAUAUUAGUUUUAUUUUAAUUGGGCAUUAACAUAAUUUUAAUAAUGUUAUCUUUAGAUUUUGCUUUGAGAUAAUCUCCUUAGACAAUUACGUUAUAAACAAUAAGAGUUUUUAAUUAAAUUUAUAAAGGAAUUUUAUAGAUAAUAAGUUUAAUAUGUUAAAAUGAUUACUAGCUGUUUGCAUCGGCUCCGCUCGGGUAGAAUUUUUGUAUUUUUUUCAUAAUAUAUUGUGUUCUUAUUUAUUUUUUUAGUUUUAUAGCAUUGAAAUUUUGAAAGAAUAGAAAAAAUUUAUCACGAGGCAGGAUUCGAACCCGCGUUUUUCCCAAACCGUAGUAACAAGGCCUAGCCUCUCGG